AUGAAAGUUUACUCUUCACAUCACACUCGCAAAGUGCGCUUUGUACGGUUUAUAGCUCGUCGUAAGCCUUGCACAUUCUUAUUAUUCAUUCAAAAUGUAAUCAUGAUUCUUCUAGCUGGAUCUUUCGCACUAUCCAAAAUAAUCUACGAUAGCACUAUUAAAUCCAUGAUGGUGAUGCAAAAAGAAAGUCAAAUCUACGAUAUUUAUGCUGGCACCAUAACUUUACCGAAUUGCCAUUAUGAUGAUUUUAAAAAUUAUACGGAGCUGUGCGAAAAACACUGCGGAGAAUCAGCGAAUAUAGUCUUAAUUCGUAACAGUUUGCUUCAAAAUGAGGGCAAAUCAGAAAAUUGCCUUCCUGUAAUUGAAACGAAAAAGUGCCAUGAACGAUUUGCUCAGUGUGAGACACAAAGGACAAGGAAAUGCCCUGGAGUAAAUGGAGUACCUCUGCCUAAGAAUAUCAUGAUUACUCCACAAAGUAUCGUUAAGGUACCAAUUGUAGACGUCUCUCUACUACAAAAUGAAACUGUAUCAGCAUUAGAAAUGUUCGUCCAGUGUCCUCGAUGUAUGAUUCAUUCACAUUCUUAUAGAAGGACGGAUGAAAUAUGUUACAGACGAUUAGAAACCGUUAGAGAAGGUUGGCCAGAGAAUUAUCGAUUUUGCGAUGAUGAGAUAAUGAGGAAAGCAGCAUUCUGUGCGACCUUAGAUAAUUAA